AUGUCGACAUUUGAAGUAUUUGGGAUUGUUCUUCGGACAAUACCCAUCCUCAUUUCUGGUGCCGGCUUUCUCGCGAGCGAUAAAAGCCUGGUAGCGUUUCGCAAGCGGCAAUAUGUCAACAAGCUUGCCAAUGCUCUGCUACUCCAGCAGCAGACAGUUCGGGAGACAGUUCGGCUCAUUAUUACGCGCAGCGGCUGUAAUCACGAUGAGUCGCUGCUGAACGAGGACCCUCUUACAUACUUUCAAAACAAGGACAUUCAGAUCCAGGUGCUGGAUUUCUUGGGCGACGAGAAUUACAAAGCGUUGAUCGGAAGACUGCAAGACAUGCAAACCACGUUGGAAGAAGUGGCUAGGCAUUUAGACGGCGUCAUUCCCACUCACAAGGAUAACCCAUACGAUCUCACUGGAAUCAUAGAAGCAAAUCUCGCUGCAAAGAAAUACAGGCCAGAUUUCCUUCCCCGUCUCAAAGUUGCUCUUAAAAGCAGCGAGAUAAAGCAGAGCAUCGGCGAACUCGAUACAGCCACCAGUACUCUGCACACAUUUUCGCAGACAAUAUUGAUGAAUCGCCACGAACCAGUCAACUCGCUUCCAUCAUCUAAUCAUGUCAAGCUUGCUAAAGCUUUCCGUCGGAUUCAUAAAUACUCAAAAAGCCUAUAUUCUGCCCUUUCCUCUUGCACUCAAACGUGUCACAGCGAACAUGAACACGAUGCGCACGUCCUUCUCGAAGACCGUAUUGAUGCGGCCACUAAGCUGUUAAGCUCCAAGCAGCAGUGGGACGAAGGAAAUGAGGCUUUGCUAGCUUUCCAGCUUCUUUUUACUGCGAGGCUCCUUGCACCGUUUCAGGCGAGGUGGCAUGAAUUGUCUGUCAAAUGCAUACAAGACGACAAUUUUGACAGGGCUCAACCAUCGAAACCAUCUCGAGUGCAAAUUAUUGGACAUGACCCUAAAGAAUCUCCAAAACCAAAUUGUCUCACGAAAUUCUCUCCGGUGAGCGACUUUUGCGCUGCAAUUGUAACAGCUCACGAUAAAGCACAACACGUCGCCUUCGUUUUGCACGAGAGUAGUCAAAUGAGUACCGUGGCAGCGAAUGAGAAGACCAUUAUGCAAAAGACUAACUGCCAGAAAAUUACGCUGGAAAAAGUGCUUUCAGAAUCACAUAAUCCACGCGCAAUGAAGCUUCCUCUACGCUCAAGCAUGCUCCUCGCGUCGAAGAUUGCUUCGAGCUUGCUUCAGUUCUCUCAAACACGGUGGUCGGGCCAUACAUGGUCCAAAAAUUCGAUAUACUUCAUACUACAUCCAAUUCCCGAGGGAAUAGCCCCUCUUGUUGAUUUCAGUCGAGCCUUUGUAUUCGCAAAAAUUGACAAUAGCGAGGCCGAUGGGGUGAAAUAUGCUGAGCCAAGGUCUAUUCUCUUGGAACUUGGAAUCUUACUACUAGAGAUAUGGCACCAAACGUCCUUAGAAGACCAGUUCCCCGAUAAAACUGCCGAAAUAUCUGGGGGAUACUUCUCUCGUCUGUCUCUCGCUGCUCAGUGGUUAGACGACGACUAUAAUACUCCACCGCUGCUGUAUGAAGAUGCUAUACGAUAUUGCGUCUACGGAGUGUCGACUAAGAAGGGAGCUGAUUGGAAUACAAAUGAGUUUUGGGGUGAAAUAUGUAAAGAAGUCAUCAAACCUUUAUCAGAGAACUGUAAGCAGUGGAAAUGA